AAAGGCAGAUUGGGAAGUUAGCUGCACAAAAAAAUACCCGACCUACUGGAGCACUCCCAAGUGAUAUUGAGAAAAAUCCCAUUGAACAGGUACAAGCAAUUAAUCUAAGAAGUGGAAAAGUAUUGGAGGAGCUGCCACCUAAAAAGUAUGUGCCUAAAGAUGUUUUUGAAAGAUUGGUACGUCAAACAGAGGUAGAUACUGAAAAGAAAGAUGACGAACACAUGCAAGAGAUAGAGGUAAGGCCACCAUUUCCUUUUCCUCAAAGGUUGCAAAAGUUUAAAGAGGAGUCCAAGUACAAAAAGUUCUUAGAUAUAUUGAGCCAGGUACGGGUGAAUCUACUGUUGAUAGAAAUGCUGCAAGAAGUUCCUAAAUGUGCCAAGUACUUGAGAGACAUCAUGGCCAAUAAAAGAAGGUUCACAGAGUUCAAAACGGUUACACUCACUGAGGAGUGUAGUGCUAGAGUACAAAGUAAGCUCCCGCCCAUGUUGAAGGAUCUAGGUUGUUUCACAAUUCCAUUGGCGAUUGAAAAACACGAGGCUAGUAGAGCCUUGUGCGAUCUUGGAGCGAGCAUUAAUUUAAUGCCUUUAUCUAUUUUCAAGCAGCUCAAACUGGGAGCAUAUGGGCAUACGAAUGUAACUCUACAGCUAGCGGAUCGGUCACUAGCAGUGCUAGAAAAAAUAAUUGAAGAUGUGCUGGUGCGAAUGGGGAAGUUAAUCUUUCCCGUUGAUUUCAUUAUUCUUGACUACAUAGUCGAUGAGGAAGUUCCAAUUAUUUUGGGGCAACCGUUAUUAGCCACUGAAGGAGAACUUAUUUAUGUGAG